AGGUUGGAGCACAGCCAGUGAACUAUCCUUUAGAAAAUUGAAACCUCUACAGAAGCUGAGUGUAAAACUUAGUAGCUUCACAGGGCAAGUUGAGCACACUGAGCCACUCGUCAAAUUUUGGAAAUUUUUACCAUUAAGUGGCCAUGGCAAGUACUGCAAAAAAAUCAAAAAAGGAGGGUUCUGGUGGUGAUAUAAGUGCUGGUGAAGAUAGUGGACUGUCUGGAAAGGAUAUUUACAAUCCUGAGACACAGAAAGCCUUGGAAGAAAUAGACUCCUGUCAGAAUGAUAUUGAUGCUCUCAAUGAGAAAGCAAGUGAGGAAAUACUGAAAGUUGAACAGAAAUACAACCAACUGAGAAAACCCUACUUUGAAAAGAGGAAUAAUAUCAUCAAGAGGAUACCUAAUUUUUGGAUCACAGCUUUUAUCAAUCAUCCACAGAUUUCAACAAUUCUUGAUGAGGACGAAGAAGAAUGUCUGCAUUUCUUGACAAAAGUGGAAGUAGAAGAAUUUGAAGACAUCAAGAGUGGUUACAAAAUUGCGUUCCAUUUUGAUGAAAAUCCCUACUUUGAGAACAAAGUCCUGGUGAAGGAAUUCCAUUUGGACUCAACAGGAGAUCCCUAUUCUAAAAGUACAGCCAUCACUUGGAAAGAUGAUAUGGACUUGACUGCCAAGAAGAAGUCAGCAAAUCUAAAAGGCAAGCAGGGGAGAAAACGUCCAUUCGAGCCUCGAAGUUUCUUCUCCUGGUAUUUGCAGGAAGGAGAUCCAUCAGCAGAUGAUAUUGCUGAGAUCAUAAAAGAUGAUCUGUGGCCCAAUCCCCUCCAGUACUUCCUUGUCCCUGACAUUGAGGUGGAAAAUGGUAUUGAAGAGGAG